AUGCAUAGCAGCGUUAUCCUCGCCCUCGGCUUCGGCUCCCUUGCGGCCGCCAUGACCUGCACUGAAGGCCGCCCGUGGACGCCCGAGGAAUACGCAGAGUUUAUGACACUCAGCAACACCACCGGCUGGGCACCCAUGGCCAAGAUCAAGCACUGCACCUUUGGCGAGACCGACUUUAUCAGCGUGCCCAAGCUCGAGGCCCGAGGCGGAGAGAACCGCUGGGUGGGCUUUGAUAGCUCCAACUGCCCCAACGAUCGCGCCCGAUGUGUCGGCCGUCAACUUUGGCUCGGUGGCUGCUACACCUCGGACAAGAUCCUUCUGAGCGGUUAUCUGUGGCGCGAGAAAACCGAGGGCGCGUACCCGACCGUGGCCUACUUUGAGGGCUCAAACUGCUCGGGCAAAGUUGUUCAUUCGCAGGGUAUUCUGAGCGGUCGUUUCUCUCUAUGCGACGGCCUAGGCCCGUUUUCGGCCCUGCUAGAGUCUCCCCACACCGAGUUGGAGACAUCGAAAGGAACUAGUCUUGUAAUUGAUGACUAUCCAUAG